AGACCAUAACUAUAUAGCUUCUUUUUGACACGUCAACCUGUAGUUUGAAUUAAAAUCUGAUACUUUUUUUUACCCCUCUAUCGUGACCAGUAAAGAAUAUAGUCAUUUACAACAUUUACGCAACAUAAUUCAUGCAUUUAUAGGGCCUACUAUAAUAAACCUGAAAAUUCAUAUCCAUCCAAACAUUGCUCUUUUCUGAAGUUUUUUCUUAAGAACUCUAGGAUAGUUGUCGUUUUUGUGUCUAUUCUUAUUAUUUUAUUUGAAAGCUGCAAGAGUAUGGCCAAAAUAUGAAGGCCUAUGGGUCCUGUCAACAGUUCAUUUAGCCUAUAGCAAUACAAAGAGAAAAUAACUAUAUUUUGAACUAUUCGGUCUAUUUGUUUAUGAAAAUAAGGUCAACUCUUUUGACUCAUUUGUAACUGUGUAUGAAAUUAAGAAAAGUUGAACAAGAAAACAGAAGGAAAGCAAAAAGAAUCUUAGAAGAAGAAGAAGAAGGAGGAGGAGGAGGAGAAGAAGAAGAAGCAAAUGUGGCAAACCCUUUGAGAUCUUAAAAAUUUGAACACAAACUAGUUUUAAGUACAUCCGCACCAGGUUGAGACGGGGGAACUAAGGAGAAAUCAAUAAUAAUUGAUCUAAGCUGCAAUUUCCAAUAUCUAUACGGUCUACAAUGCGCACUUUAGAAUCCAUUGUCCUCAACACCCCCUUUCGCUUUGUCAUGCGCGAAGACGAAAACGAAAAAAUCAUUAUCAUCGGGUUGCGCACUGGAUUAUUGUUGGAAACUUGGGGCGCCGUGUCGUAUCACUAAUUUGCUGCCCAAUUUUUGUCAUUUUGAGGAGUAAAUUACUUUUGGAAAGAUGUAUUCUUGGAGUAUCGUGGCCAUUUUGGCCCUCUGUUUGACCGUUGUCCAGUCAGCAGGACCAGUACAGCAAGAGGAUGAGGUAACCGAGCAGCACGGCCCCUCAGCACCGCAGAAAGAAGCUCUCCGCGAGAAACAGGCUCAUUUCAUCCAACGAGCCAAGGAGAUCAAAGAAGAUGAGAGUCUUAGUGAGGAGGAGAAACAGAAACAGCUUCACCAACUAAGGGAACACGCCAUGCUUUACAUGGGACCUCACGCUAUUCUACCUCAUGCUCUCAUGCAACAGUCACCCAUCCCCGCGGUGGAAGAGAAGAGGCGACAUCUAAUCCGUGCUGUGGAAGCCAUAGCCACCAGCGAUCGCGACCUUGAUGAGAAGAAACGCGAACUGGAGAGCGUCCGUGAUCAAUUCAAGGAGGAGGUCAACGCCAUCCACCAGGAACUAUCCGAAGAGGACAUUCAGAAGGUCCGCAUGAGCAUCAGAAAACACGGGGAGGCUAACGCUUACAAGCAAAUGAUCCAUGAUGGCAUUCGUGGUUCCAUGGAAGCUGGAGCUCGCGGCCAGGCUUUCAACCAAGCCAUACACCGUGGAGUCCAGAAAUUGACCGCUGGCCUGAAGAACAAGGAGAUGGGUGAAUAUCGAAAGAAGAUGACCGGAAAGCGGAUGGCCAACGCUGGCCACAAGGCAGAGAAAAGACGCGCCGUCAGAGAAUCACGAUCCCAACCAGAUCUCUUCUAAAAAAAAAAAUCAUCUUAAAGCCCGCCGCACAAUACGGGAUCCGACUCCGACGCCCAAUUUUUAAACAAAUCGUAUAUUGCAUUAAAUAUGAACGUUCCAUGUAGUAAAAAUAUUUGAUAUGAAGUUUGAGAUCAUGCAAAGCGUAAUAAAACCAGAAUUUUGUUUUGCUUCAAGCCUCAAUUGUGGAAGAAGCAAAACCCAAAUCGGCUUCAAGUCGCAGCAGAUGGUAACGUCAUGACGAUUUGAAAUUUAAUUUGUAUAUUAUUCCUUGAAGGAUGCUUGGUAUAGCAUUCGUACCACUUUUCGUAACUUUAAUUUUACAAGUUGGUAUGUUCAUAUUAAAUGUUCAUACAUUAAUUUCCCUUAAAAAUCGGAUCGCAACGGAUCGUACAGUGUGCGCAGACUUUAGAUUCGUUUUCGUGUGAAAACCCCUAAUUAUCCAUGUAAUAUAGACUCGUUUAUUUGCAGAAGAAAGAUCAAUCCAAACGGAUAGACUGAUAACUUUAAUCACUAAUGAUCCUAUACACUGAACUUGAAAAUCAUGCACUGGCAAUUUCAUUAAGGUACAUAGUUAUUUAGGGCCUGUUAAUGAUUUUAUUAAUUACACAAUCAACGAUAAAUAUAAUCAUAGACUAAACUACCGUGAAAAUAAAAGAUGUGGGCCAAGAAACAAACAAAACAAACAGGGACGAAUAAGAAAACGGUAAUCAAUUACAUACAGAUUUGAAGAAACACAUUUAAGUAUGGUCCGGGGUAUGGUCGAGAUUCCUGAAAAUCACAAUAUUUUGAGUAUCUUGAAUUUUCAGUUUUUAUUGACAACUUCAAUUCAUAAAGAAAAUAAAGUACAUCAUUAUCUUAUAAUUUUGAUUAUCGAUCAACUUGUUUAAAUACAUUUCCUACAUUCUUUUUAUCAUGAAAGAAAUGUCAAAGACGUAGUGUAUUCUUCAGCUUAAGUGUUUAAAUCAUACAUUAUGAACGUAUAUAAAAUUUUAACAGAAAGUAACAGUUGUGACGAAAAGAUUUAUAUAUAAUGUAUAUUUCUAUAUUGUACACCAAUGUAAAAAAAUAUAAUUGAAAAAAAAAAGUUUGAUGUUGAAAAUGUAGUUUUGAUAUAUUUUAUUAGUCUGACCUUAAUAAACAAUACACAAAAGAU